AUGGCCUGGGAUCGCGUCAUCCAGGACUCGGACGACGAGGACGAGAGUAUCGUGGAGGACGACACCCCGGCCGCCAUUGAUCUGCCCCAGGGAGCGCAACCGUCCCAGUUCUCGCACCAGCACCAGUUCGACCAACCCUCCGUCCCGCAGCAUCACACUCCAAGCGAUACGGAUCAGUCCACGCGAACUGUCAUCACCGGCCCUGAUCUGGGCGUGAACUUUGAUAAUUUCCUGCAGUCCCAGGAAACGGUGCGGCAGUCCGCAUCGCAGCAGCGUCGCGAAGAGAGAUGGAUUCCGUCGACCAGUGAAGGUGGGGGUGGAGAAUCAAUUGGUGCCAUGAUGACGGAAAUCGGGCUCGCUCAACAAAGACUCCUUGACGACGACACUUCCAGCGCGGGCCAACAUCUACCUUCCACCGCCACGCUGCACUCUAUGGGACUCACGCAGACCGAGUCACUACCUACUGUGCUGAUUGACCAGUCCGACCGGCUGGGCGAAGAGGAAAGUGGCAGUUUCGUCCAUACUCGACCUCUUAACGACAUCACGUACAGCGAUACGCAGAAUCUACAACCCACCAGCGGGACCACUUAUGACUACAUGUCCCCCGUGACCUCAAACUACAUUGGCUCGCCCGCAAAAGACCCGACCCAUCAAUUGAGUGAAGAUCUGAACUCCGCGGUAAACGCCAGCGCGCAGUCGCGUCCUUCGCAGAAGAGCUCGCAUCGCUCGAAGUCUUUGCAGACGAUGUCAUACUCUCCCCAUGACACAGAACCACUGUCAUCGAAUGUGUCUUCGCGCAUCAGUAGAACAAAGAGUGACACUUUCGGAGCUGGUCUGGUCUCGCCGCAGCAGUCUCAGCAUGAUGAACUUUCACUUCCAACUGUAAGGGUCGAGGUUCCCGUUUCGAAGAAGACGCGUAGUCGUUCAAAAAAACAGGCCUUGCCUGAGGAUGACGAGGAUGACGAGCUGGCGAACUCGCGAGACCAUGAGUUUGCGGCUCAGGCUUCUGUUGACAAUGGUACAGUGGCUGUAUCUGGAAGCAAGAUUGUGCAGUCCUUGGACAGUGUCUCGAAAUCUGAGAAGGCAUCGGACAAGGGUGCCGUUCAGAAAUCUUCGAAGCCCACCAAAGAACCGAAGAAAAAGAAGGUAAAGAGAGGGAAGACAUCUUCGGAGGUGGUGAAGAAGACCUACAAUCCCGAUGUAGAAGAAGACGUGAUAUGGGUUGAAUCAGGACCGACGCAUGUGGAAGAUGUCCACCAGGAGCCUUUCGCCCAAAAUACCUCAGCCAGCGGAGAAAAGUCUACCACAGAAGCCCAGGAAAAGCCGGUUCCGAAGAAACGAGGUCGAAAGCGCAAGAAGACUUCCGAAGAUAUUACAAGCGAGUCCGUGCAGCAGACCAACGUCGGAAAUGCUGAAUCCGACACAGAGCAACCAUCACCUGACAAUGCCGGCACCGUGAUCGAGGCUACUACUACCUCACAGCCCGUGUCCGAAGAAGCCACUCUGGAGAGCUCGAAACACCCUGACGCAACCCCCUCACCUCAACACCAACACGGGUCUCUCCCACCAAUGGAGGAGAAAGAAGCACCUCAAACCCCCAAGAAACCACAGCCCACGAACACGGAGACGCCCCAAGAUCCUACCAACGUGACAGUGUCGAUGAAGGAUUCCAGCAAGGGGCCCAAGCAGCACAGUCCCAUUGCAUCGACGAGUAAAGUCCCUUUCAGGGUGGGCCUGAGCCGCCGGGCGCGGAUUGCGCCGUUGCUGAGGAUUGUUCGGAAGUAG